AUGAAGAAUAUCUUUAGAAAGUCUGUUCAGAUAUUUCACAAGAAGGAUAAGGGCGACAGGGGCGACAAGGACAGGAGCGAUUACAGCGACACAAGCAGCUCGAGGGACAGCUCGCGCGAUGGCGGCAGUCUAAAGAAGGAGAAGGAGAAGAAGAGCAGACGCAAGUCAAAGUCGUACGCCGGCAGCGAUAUAUCCGCGUCGUCAGACUCGCCCCAGAACAGUCUGCGCGGCGUGGGCACCGGCGGACACUCGCCCCAGUCCUACUCGCCAAUGAGCACGGUCAACUCGACAACGUCCUCUCAGAUCUUCUUCUCCCGACCCAGCUCGCACAAGGUGUUUGGCGUGCCCCUCGCCGACGUGCCCUGCAACGAAGGCUCAAACGUGCCAAUCAUUGUCGAGAAGCUGGCCGAGCAUCUCGAGCUCACAUCGCUCUCCACCGAGGGCCUGUUCAGAAUCCCUGGCCGCGACGUCACCAUUCUCGAGUUUGUUCGUCUGUUUGACAACUUUGAAGAGGUGGACGUCUCGUCGCUGGAGCCCUACACGGCUGCCGGGCUCCUCAAGCGAUUCUUUAGAGACCUGCCAGUGUUUGUUCCGAAUCAGAUCAACAAGACGGUGGCGGGACUGUUUGUCGCCAGCGAUGGCAGUAGGAAGAAGCAGAUCGAUAUGGAGCUCAUUGAGAAGAUCAGGUAUCUGGUGCACCAGCUGCCACCCGUGCACUUUGAGGUGAUGCAGUGUCUGACCGGCCUGCUCAGUAAGCUGCUGCAGCGCUCCGAGGAGAACAAGAUGACCGUGUCCAACAUUGCCAUCUGUUUGAUCCCCACACUCAACUGCGUGCCGGCCAUCGUCACCUAUCCCAUUCAGUACCACGAGUACUUCUUCAACGAGCCAUUCGCCGAGCAUCACAAUCCAGCGAUGCGUCCGGCACUCAACAACUAUCUCACGAUCGAGGAGGCCCCCGAGUUGGUCAACGAGAUGCAGAAGCGAUACUCGCGUCCUGCCUCCAUCAUUGUAUCGAGCACGCAACAGCAGCAACAGCAGCAACAACAACAGCAACCAUCGACCAUCACAUCAACCACAAUCACAUCGCCACACGACUCCACACCAAUCACAUUCACAGUAACCACAACAUAUGUAGACCAACAAGAACAACAACAACAGCAGGCUGCAGAGAGGGCACGAGCCAAACUCGCCGAGGACCUGCAGUUCCAGCAGUUCCUCAACGAGAAUCAGAUGCUCAAGAAUCAAUACGAGAGCGCCAAUGCCAACGGCAACAGUGGCGGCGCCAACAACAAUAGGAAUAGCAGAAUGCUCAGGAGUGUGGCCUUUGGCUCAUCGGAUGAUCGCGUCGACAACAACAUCAGCGGCCAACAGUCGCCCAACCUGACGUCCAGUGGUGUGUUUAACAACAACAUCACCAAGGCCAACAUCCAGCAUCUCAAGGAGAAGAUCGAUCGCUACUCCAAAGAAAAGAUGAGGGAGCUGCGCGAGUCGUCCUCACGCAGGGAGCUGCCCAGCAGCAAUCUACAGACGUCAUCGUCGUCACCAUUGUCGGCACCAGAUAAGGACAAACUGUACAGAUACAGCGUGGACUAUGAUCGAUUCAAAGACAGAUACCAGAAGGACAAGGACACACAGGACCGCCGCAAGAGCAGGGACAUUGGUCGCGAGAUUGAACGCGAGAUCGAGAAGCGUAUCAGCCCCAAGGAGAGGAUAUCCAUCCUGCUCAACAGCAGUGGUGGCAACGCACCGACAUCGGGCGGCAGGAUUGGCGAUCGCGAGAGUCGCAGCUUCCGCUACAGCAUCAGCAGCCAGAACAGCCAGUACAUGAGCAACGCCAACAAGUAUGGACCGUCGUCUUCCAACAGGGACAGCGGCAACUACAACAGAUACUCUAGAGACUAUAGGUACUCGCGAGAAUUGGACGCCGAUGAGCUGCUCUAUCUUUCGCGACAACGCUCACAGAGCAUGUUCGACGACCAGGCCGCAUCACCCUCCUCCAGUCAGUCGAUUCUGCUCGAGCAGAAGCUGGAUAAGCUGAGAGAGACCAUCAACAACGUCAGGACACAACGCGACAAUAGAACAUCUCGCGACUACACCAUGUUCAUCAGAGACAUUGAUGAGCUGCGUCUGUCUCUGCAAAAGGAGACCGAGAACUCUGAGUUCUUUGCCAUCAAGAGUUUGGAGCUUGUGGAGAAGCUGCACAAGGAGGAGACCAAGAAUCAGAAGCUGAUGGAGGAGAUGCAGCUGAUGGAGUCAUACUUCCAACUCAAAGAGAAACUGAAACGCGCCAAGAAGCAAGAGCUGCGCAGCCGUUCACCUACAAUGCCAAUAUCAGUCACGCCACCCAAUGGCUCCACCUCGCCAACGACGCCGCCACGCGAGAUCCCCCUGUCCUCAUCAACAGGCUCAGCGCCAACCGCCCUGAGCAAGGAGCAGUUUGUCAAUCAGAUGCUGCGUGGUGGAGGCAGUAGCAGCAGGAAGCUUGUAAAUUUAGUGACGCAACAACCAAGUCCCCAGUAA